GAAAAUAUGUUGAUUUGCUACUUUUGAAUAGUGUGUCACGGUAAACCGUAUUUUAUGUACUAACUAUCAAGAAACCAACAUGAAUUUUAACAAAUUGUAACCUACUUAUAUUAUGGUGAAACUAUUCAGUGUUCAAGAUCUCUCUCCCUUUCGUUGGGACUGAUUUUUCUUGACGAUAUAAUUUAUUUAGGUUUCAAGGAAAUCUUUCUUCUUUAUUAGUUAUAAGUAAUGACUACAGUGUUAGUGCAACACUUUUUUUGCAACACACAAUUUUGCAGAUAUUAUUAAUGAUCUAACAGUAACAUUACACAACAACUAAAGGUUGCAAAAUGGGAUAACGUGCUCUAUAUAUAAAAAGUGUGUAUAACAUCUUAUCAUCUUAACUUAAAUCUCAGUCGUGUUCUACAAAACCAUCCACCAAUCUUAACGGAUUUUAGUAAUGCAAAUCUGUUUUUCAUUUUUAAUCAUCUUAGUAGUCAUGACACUACGGUGUCCACAAAAAUGGUUUGCAUAACAGUCUGCAUUUUCCUUCCUUUUUGGGAGGCGUGAGUUACUGGGGGACUGCUGACUUUACAGAAUAAGAUAAGAGUUCUCUGUAUUACUGUGUCCCAAGGAUUCUCAGAGCCAGACUCUAACUACAAUCUUCUCUCCUUUAAACAAAACAGUUUCAUCUGUUAGUUACAUAAUAUUUCAAGAUAUUUUAUUGCAGUUGUACAAAGAUCUUAUGAACUGAAUUUUUUUAAAUAAAAAUACAUUUUGUUUUAAUUGAACAUUUCACUGUAAAAGGAAUGGAAACACUUAUGAACUGUCUGUCUAAUGUGAAAGCCUGUCUUUUAAAUUUUUAAAAUUUUUUUUAAAUGAGAGUAAAACUUUAAUAACUGUGUUCAGGCAAUCUUUCAGACUCUUUUAGUACACCUAAAAUAACCCUGGGUGAGCUCUGCGAAGCCUUGGGUUAAUACCUGGGUUUUGUUUUAGAUGAUGGUUUAAAUUUGAUGAACAAAUACAGUGAUCAAAUCUUGUUUAGCUUCGACUUUAGCUAAGGUAAAACCUAUUUUGACGGACAAAAACUUUGAAAAAUUAAUCCAUGCCUUUGUAACAUCAAGUAUUCCCCUGGUUCCCGUGAUUCUUUGAGUUGUUCUAGUGUCUGGCUUUGUCGAUUGGGGCUGCUGUGUCCAGUAUGGAGGAGAGCAGUCAUGCCAGUCUAUGGAUCGUCUGAGCCUGUAAACACAAGAUACGCUUGUCAGAUUGAUCAGGAGAUGUUUCUCACCUCCGUGUUUGUGGCUGUGGCUUUUGUAGCCGAGAGUGAUGAGCCACAGUUGGUGAUGACGGGCAGGUGUGCUGCUCUAAUUUCCUCCCUCUCCAUGGCGACGCUUAUUGCACCAGGGUUGACGCGUCACAAUUAGCAUGUGCUUUGUCUUCUUGUGUUAUUGCUCCUGAGGAUUAUUGAAUCCAGCUCACCCUGAGCCCACGCCAGAAUUCUCUUUUUCCCAGCUCUUUGGUCCAGAACCUCCACAGCGCAUGGAAUCAUGUGUUGAUGACCAAAAGGGCCAGAACUUCUCCUUCCACCACCUGCCAGAGGCCACAGGUAACCCAGCAACCCCACUCACGAGCUCUUCCUGGCAAUUCUGCUGCACCGCGAGUUUGCACAUGGAUCCCGAGCCCACUGCUUCAGAGUUCCCCCAGGACUCCAUUGCGGUGGCCGUCGUGACCUUGAUGCUAGCUUACGCCUCAGGACCUUGUCGGGACAAGUUGGCUAUCGCCCCGCUGCUCCCAACACUCCCAGGUGGACCAGCUGCUGCAAGCGCCCGUGGUAGGCCACAGUCAUGUUAGGUCUCUCCAGUCUCUUUGCCAUGACCAUGGCGGCCGUUCCCAGCUCCUCAUCUCCCGGCUCCAACAUCAUGGCCACGGCAGCCGUUCCUGUUUCCCCGUCUCCUGGCUCCAACGUCACGGCCACUGCGGCCACUUGGUUCCCUGUUCGCAUGGCAAAUGUACUUACAUAAUUCCUGUUUCACAUGUGCACUUGCUGAAGUGUUGUUACCAAUGUCAUGUCACACAUUUAUACUUGGACCAGCUAUGCAGUGGGUUGUUACAUGUGUGUAGUUACACAAUUAGUACAGUUGUAGAGACUCUGUACCAAUGUGUACUUGCAUUGUGGUUACAACUAGGAACACAUCUAGUUACCAUGCAAGUUCAGAGUUAUUAGAACCACUUAAUAUAAAACGGGCCCAAAAAGGGUCUUCCAUUCCAUUCCAUUCCAUUCCAUUUUCUACCACUUAUCCGAACUACCUCGGGUCACGGGGAGCCUGUGCCUAUCUCAGGAGUCAUCGGGCAUCAAGGCAGGAUACACCCUGGAUGGAGUGCCAACCCAUCGCAGGGCACACACACACACACUCAUUCACUCACGCACUCACACCCUACGGACAAUUUUUUCCAGAGAUGCCAAUCAACCUACCAUGCAUGUCUUUGGACCAGGGGAGGAAACCGGAGUACCCGGAGGAAACCCCGAGGCACGGGGAGAACAUGCAAACUCCACACACACACAAGUCGGAAACGGGAAUCAAACCCCCAACCCUGGAGGUGUGAGGCGAACGUGCUAACCACUAAGCCACCGUGCCUCCCUUCAAAAAGGGUCUUAUUAAACUAUUUAAAAAUCAGUGACAGCCACCUAAUCCAAACUAAGGCAUUGGAAAGAAACUGGGGCUUAGUUACAGUCACCAGCUGCAUUGCCCUCUAAAAUUCACAAGAGGCCACUCUCCACAUCACCCAGACUUCAUUCACUACAUUUCCCAUAAGUUAUUGCCUGUAUUCAAUGUCUAAUCAUUCCCACCUGUUUCUUGUUAUCUGUUUAGUUUGGUCUAUUUAAACCUGGUUUUGUCAGUCAUCCGUUGCUUGGUUUUGUGUUUGUUACAGUUGCUUCCAAUUAUUGUUUUCCAUGUCAUGCCCUGGAUUUUUUUAUAUGGUUUGAACUGUCUCUCUGGGUAUAACCUGUUCCUACUCUCGGAUUUGCCUGUGGAUUACCCCUUUAAUAAAACUGCGUUUGGAUCUUCAUCUCUAAGCCUGUUCAAUAUUUUUCCACAGUAACUGUAACACAUAACAGUUCCUUUUACUUUGUAAUUAAAUUAGUUAACGCCACUACAUGUUACUAGUCAAUCCCCAACACAGUGAGCACAAUACACAGUUAAAUAAACCCUACCACCAAGACAGAGCAAAUCCUCUGCCCCUUGUGCCCAGGCCUGUCAUGCUUGUUGUGUUUGUGUGUUCAUUCCUCAUGUCUGUUGGGUUCCAAGCACCCGGUUCCAGUUUGCUGUGCCUGACCGGUAUCCGCGUUGUUGUGGAUUACUUAACGGACUUCUGGAGAUUUAUCAGUGGCGGAUUUAUUCCAGCAUCAAGCUAUCCUCGUUUCACAGAGGAUUAUCCAACUGGGAAACUACUACUAGUUCAUGGUGUUGUUUUCACACUCUCCAUCCAGCCAUCCAUUUUCUACCGCUUAUCCUGGGACGGGUCGCGGGUUUACACACUCUGUCAAGAGGUGGAUCAGCACUGGAUGAUGGCGUCUGUUUCAGAGCUCCUAAAAGACUCACUGAAUGAGCUGAUAAAAGAUCAACUCAAAGAGUUUCGAUGGGAACUGAAGAGUCAUUAUGGUAUUUCAGCUUCUGAACUGGAGAAUGCAGAUGUCUUAGACACAGUAGAUAAGAUAGUGGAGCAUCAUGGGCCAGAAGAAGCUGUGAAGGUCACGCUUACAAUCAUGAGGAAAAUGAACCAAAACCAUCUGGCUGAACUGCUAGAGAACAAACACAAAGAAGGUGCAGCUAAAUUUAAGAAUAAAGCUGUUGAGCGUGAUUACAGCGAAUUAAGCAACAGACUGAAGAACCUCUUGAAACAGGAAUAUGAGAGGAUAUUAGACGGUAAUUCAGAGUCCAGCCAUCUGAAAUACCUGAACGAUAUUUAUACUGAUCUCUUCAUUGUGGAGAAUGAGACUGGUGGAACAAUGAGUGAACAUGAAAUGAGAAAAAUUGAACUAAAUCUAAACAGAACUGUUGCUGAGGAGACACCAAUGAAGUGCAACAACAUAUUUAAAGUCCAGUGUGAUACGGGUCGACGAAACAGAAAAGUGCUGACAAUGGGCAUCGCAGGUGUGGGCAAAACUGUCUCUGUCAAUAAAUUCAUCCUAGACUGGGCUGAAGGGAAAGAAAAUCCGGAAAUCCUCUUUAUUUUUCCUCUUCCCUUCCGUCAGCUGAAUCUGAUUCAAGAGGACUGCAGUUUAAUGGAACUGAUUCAUGAAUACUUUAGUUGCGCUAAACAACUUUCUUCUCUCCCUGAAGAAGAAGGUAAGGUGAUGUUCAUCUUUGAUGGUCUGGACGAGUGUCGCUUCCCUUUGAGCUUUAAGAAGAGCGAGCGAUUGACAGAUGUCCAUAAGAAAACAAGAGUUGACGUCCUAGUUAUAAACCUGAUCCAGAGAAAUCUGCUUCCCUUUGCUCUCAUCUGGAUCACCUCCAGACCGGCAGCAGCCCAUCUGAUACCUCGACGCCACAUUCACCAGGUGACAGAGGUACGAGGAUUUAAUGAUGAACAGAAGAAGGAAUACUUCACUAAAAACAGCAGUGCAGAUGUGUCCGAGAGAAUAAUCUCACACAUCAAGAGAUCCAGAAGUCUGUACACCAUGUGUCACAUUCCCGUCUUCUGCUGGAUCUCUCUCUGCGUUCUUCAGCCUCUGCUAGCUCGAGAGACUCUUGACAAAAUUCCCACAACUCUCACAGGGAUGUACAUCUACUUCUUACUUUCACAAAAGGAACAGAUGACAAAUAAAUACAGUGAUGAUCUUCCAAAGUCUUUUGAGGAUGUUGUUCUUAAACUCGGGAAUCUGGCCUUCAAACAACUUCAGAAGGGAAAUCUGAUUUUCUACAAAGAAGAUCUUGAGGAAUGUGGGCUAGAUGUCAGUGAAGGUUUGGUUUUCUCUGGGUUAUGUACUCAGAUUUUUCACACAGAAAAGCCUGUUUCUGGUAGGAAGGUCUACAGUUUUGUACAUCUUAGUGUACAGGAGUUCCUCGCUGCCCUCUUUGUGCUUUUCAUUUACAAAGUCAAAAAAACAAACUCAUUCCCUCUCAAUCUGGCUGAAAAACUCAUUUGGAAUUUCAAUAAUUCACUGUUUGACCUUCAUAGGACUGGAAUUAAAAAUGCCCAUCGAAGCAAGAAUGGACACCUGGAUCUUCUCCUGCGGUUCCUCAUGGGUCUCUCACUGGAGUCAAAUCAGAAUGACCUGAAAGAUCUUCUGCCCACACUGAAUAUUACUGGAGAAAACAUGAUACAGACUGCUGAAUAUAUCAAAAUGAGGAUUAACAAAGCAAAAUCAUCAGAGAAGAGCAUCAAUCUCUUCUACUGUCUGAAUGAACUGAAAGAUGAUUCACUGAUAACAGAAAUCCAGCAGUAUCUGAAUUCAGGAGGUCUUUCAGCACAAGAUGUCUCUUCUGGUCAGUGGUCUGCUCUGGUGUUUGUGCUGCUGAUGUCUGAAGAGAUUCAAGAGAUGUUUGAGCUGCAGAAAUACAGAAGAUCUGAUGAAGGUGUGAAUCGACUUCUGCCAGUGAUCAGAAACAGCAGAAGAGCUCUUCUACAGAGCUGUAAUCUGACUGGCAAUUGUUGUGAAAGAUUGUCUUCAUGUCUACAAUCAUCAAACUCCCUGAGAGAGCUGGACCUGAGUAACAAUGAUCUACAGGAUUCAGCAGUGAAGCUGAUCUCCGAUGCUCUCAGGACUCACAACUGUCAACUACACAUACUGAGAUUGUCCGGGUGUAAUAUGACUGGUGAGGGUUGUGAAAGUUUGUCUUCAUGUCUACAAUCAUCAAACUCUCUGAGAGAGCUGGACCUGAGUAACAAUGAUCUGAAGGAUUCAGGAGUGAAGCUGAUCUCUGAUGCUCUCAAGACUCACACCUGUCAACUACACACACUGAGGUUAUCAGGUUGUAUGGUGACAGCUGAAGGUUGUUGUUAUUUGGCUUCAGCUCUGAGUUCAAACCCGUCACACCUGAGAGAGCUGGAUCUGAGCUACAAUCACCCACAACACUCAGCACUUCAGCUGCUAUCUGAUAGACUCAAUGAUCCAAACUACACACUCAACAAACUCAAUUUGGAUCAUGAAGGAAGGUUCAGAAUUACAGAAGGACUACACAAGUAUGCCUGUGAUCUCACAUUGGAUCGAAACACAGCAAGCAUUCGCCUCAUACUGUCUGAAAAAAACAAAAAGAUCACACAUGCAGAAGAGAAUCAGUCGUAUCCUGAUCGUCCAGACAGAUUUGAUUGUCCUCAGGUUUUGUGUGGAGAGAGUUUGACUGGACGCUGUUACUGGGAGGUUGAAUGGAACGGGCUUGAUUGGCAUAUAUCAGUGGCAUAUAAAAGUAUCAACAGGAAAGGAUGGGCUGACAAACACAAAAGAAGAUACUUUGAAGAACGUUGUUAACGGACCCUGGCAUUGGUUUUGCCAUACAACAGAUGUGGGCAAUAGUGCAUAUGGGUGGGCUAAGAGGGCUGAAGCCCCGAGUGUUUUCAGUUAAAGCCACAAAUGUAUUUCGAUAGCAAUCGGUCAGCCCAGCGUCUUACAAAGUGGGCUACUGCGAAAAAGUUAUGUGUGUUGUUGUUGUUGUACUGUCAUCCAUUGGCAGGAGUGUAGCAUCAUUACAUAUGUGCUUGAGUAAUAGUCAAGUCAAGUAAAAGUUUAUGUAUAGAGCACUUUCAACACCAUUAUAAUGGACCAAAGGACUACAAAGUUGCCCAAAAAACAGACCCAAUCAAACGCCAACAGCCUGAGAAAGUAGGUGCAGUAUACUCAAGAACUUGGCCAUUCAAUGCCUUAUAAACAAGCAUCAGCACUUUGUACUGUAUUCUGUAUGUUACAGUUAGCCAGUGUAGAGAUAAUACAGAUCCCAUUAUUUUGUAUUUGUUAAGUCUCGAAGCAGCAUUUUGAUCAUACUGAAGAUUCUUUCAUAGCUGCAGUCUGGGAUCAGGUGCUGUAAAUGGUUGAUAGGGCCGUGCCUUCAUAGCUUCAUGAAGAUUCUGGGACACUGAUCGCCCGUCCCCUUGUCUCCAUGAAGACCUAUAGACCGUUUCAUUGGAUGACCGCGCCAGGACUGCAGUUAACUUCUGGUUUGUGUUUGGCCAGAGACAACACGGUCGACUCCAAUGGAAUAUUUUUUUUCACAACAGUAGCAGUGCGUGGAGCCUCUCAGUAGUUCACGGAAGUUACUUAUUACUUGUUACUUACAUUGUGACAAUCUUUGAACCCAUUUAAAGACAUACGUCUGUAGUGGAGUAGGCGGGGCGAGACCGUGGUUCGAGACCGGUGAGUAUUUGUUAAUGAGCGCCAGCUGUGCGCGCACCGGUCUCGUAACAAGUAGGAGCUCGGGAGCAUAAGAGAACAAGCGACCGGACCGUCGAUGAGAGAGGACCGGGCCCGAACAUGUUUAUGUUUGUAUUUAUGUUUUAUUCGCCGGCCGUCGGCCGUGAGGGGCAGCCAGCUGUCUUUUUACUUUUGAUUUUAUGUGAUUAAAUGUUUAAAUGUUUGCUGGUUCCCGUCUCCUUCCUUCCUUGCCUUGAGCUUUUCUACAACGUCAUUUAAUGAAUACAAAUUUAAGAAAUAAAGCAUUUAAAGAGAUACAACUUCCUUGAACUAUCUGAAGACGCCAUGAAUCACGUGACAAUAGGGUGACCACCCGUCCCGCUUUGCAUUGUACCACACAGCAUUUUCACCUCAUUUUCAUCAGUCUUUUGAAACUUAGUUGUCACAUUAAGAAGCAUGUUCUUUAUCCCGAAACGCACACGAGACGUUGUGUCAAAAGCAGCAACCCGGUGCACACCAGUGUCCAACGAGCUCAUACAUACUCAACUCUUUUUUUAAAGCCUGACUUUUACCUAAUGUAUGAGAA